GAAAGGUGGAGCAAAUACUUCCACUUAGCUUUGAAGGAGAAAGUGCUUGUUUUCAAGGCAAAACAUAGUCUUUUCAUUAACAACUAAAGCUGUAAAAAUAUAUUUUAAAAAUACUUGCAUUAAAUAUACAGUAAGGUCACCUUUCUCGCUUGCUUUUCCAAAACCGCAACUCGCAUCUCGAAUUUUUGAGGUUGCGCGUUUAUGACUGUCUAACUUUACGAGGAACCAACCGAACCAACCUUUCAGAACGUUUUGGAUGUUCUAUUAUCCUCUCGAAUCGUUUUGGAGAGAAAAGUCGGUUUAGUGGAAAGCUCGAUUCUUUAUCACUCACAAUCUAUUUACCUUGAGAUGUGUAAGCAUACUCACCAAUUAAUAUCUAAGUUAUAUUAAAACUAGUUCACUAAAAUAGGGGUUGUCUGUGAAGUCAAAGGUUUGCAAUUGAUAGGUCAAAAUCAAAGCAACGAGCUCUUAUAAUUUUCGCUGCAGUAAUUACCACAUUGAAUAUCUUUUCUCUUCAAUAGUCAAAGAAUCAGGUUUUCAUUGGCUUUUCAAAGUAUCACGUGUUUCAUUUCGAGACGGCAAAAGCAAACCAAGCUACGAAGCUUCUACAUAAAGUGGAGCUCAAAGAAGAUAUUAUAAUUGUUCAAUUAAAUUGCGUCUGCUAAAAGAUAUUAACAAGCAUCUGAAUUUCGUCUUGUUUGGCACAAUGAAACGCACAUCACGCUCAAAUUAUCAACCCUUUCCCACAACUUGAUAUCAUUAAUUGGAGCAACCAUGAACUUCAUGCUUAUUUCUUGUUUCUCGUGAGAUAAUUAAGACUUUGCAUGACCAAGCAUUCGGUGAAUUUUUUCCUCAUAUUUAUGAGAAACUGUAAUUGAUCUUGAGCAUUUCUUGUGCUCUAUUUCAUCUGGUGUUGUCUGAACGUCAAGUGAAAAUGUCACUUGACCCUCUUAAAAGCAAUUUCGCUUGCAUUGAAUUCCUCAGUCUUACCCCCAUCAUGAACAAGGUAAGUCUCGACAUCAGGCAAAUCCCUUCAGGUUAACCAACUUUUUUUCAUUGCUUCCUUUUCCUUCAGGCGUUAAAAGUGAAUGUGAUAUGGUUACUCUUUAUGGUCAACGCUCAUGGAUUCUUGUACAAGCACAAGGAACAAUGUUAUCGACACUUUAAGAUCCGACAUAAAACUCACUAUGAGCAGUCAUAUGAAACCAAAUGCACCGUGCAUUACAAGAAGAAGUGUCACACUGACUACGAUAUCGCAUUUGAUACCAAGUAUGAGAAUGAAUGUUAUACGACGUAUCAACCCAAGUGCCAAACAACAUACGUGACCACCUAUGAUGAAGAAUGCCAAAAUCAUCACAAAAAGAUGUGCCACAAGGUAUAUGAAACCAUUCACGAGAGGAAGUGCGUCACUGAGCACGAGCAAAAGUGCGAAAAAGUGAUCAAAGAGACAACCAAAACUGUCCCGGAGAAAAUUUGCGAGACGAUUUAUGUUGACGAUUGUUAUGGAAAUGACCGUCAGUACGAUCAUCAUAAUCAUCAUUGUAAAAAGGUGCCAAGGGAGAAAUGCCAUGAGAAGACAAAGCACGUGGUCCAUAAAGAACCGAGUGAGGAGUGCCACCCUGUUCCCAAAGAGGUGUGCCAUAGUGUACCGAAAAAGGUCUAUAAAGAGUUGUGCAAGGAUGUACCAGUUAAAAAAUGCCGCUCUUUUCCUAAACAUACUCCCAAAAAGCAUUGUAUUCGCGUUCCGAAGAAACAUUGUAAGGAAUAUCCGGUCAAGUCUCCUCGCAAGAUUCCCCGAAAAGAAUGCGUCACUCACCCAAAAGAAUUAUGUGCGAAAAUUCCGAAGAAGAUUGUGAGGCACAUCAAAGUAAAAGUACCAACAUAUCGAUGUCACUAUUUGAAAAAGCACGUUCUUUUGGGCUAAAAAGGUAGUUCCAGCGCCCUCGGAACGCGUCGUGAAAGAUAUUGCGCAACCUCUGAAUGAUUUGUAUUUGAACUCGUCCGAAAAGCGAAUAAAGCCUGAUUAGCCUUUUAUUUCGUUGA